AAAAUACCCCAAAAAAACAACCCCGACCCGACCCGACCCUAUAUCACAAAACUGAAGUCAAAAUACCAAAAAAAAAACCAACACAGAAACCCAAAAAUCUCCAUCAACUAGCGAAAUUCACCGUCGCCGGAGUACAAAUUCACCGAUCGAUCGGAAAAAUCACUAUGAUACCAAACGGAGUAGAAGAUGAAGAGAAAUUUCUAUCUGCCGGAAUCUCCGGAAUUCAACAAAACGCUUUUUACAUGCAUCGCGCUCUUGAUUCGAAUAAUUUGAAAGAUGCGUUGAAGUAUUCAGCUCAAAUGCUCUCGGAGCUUCGAACUUCAAGGCUUUCGCCACAUAAAUAUUACGAGCUAUAUAUGCGAGCAUUUGAUGAAUUGAGAAAGUUAGAAAUUUUCUUCAAGGAGGAGACUACACGGGGUUGCUCAAUUGUUGAGCUGUAUGAACUCGUGCAGCAUGCUGGUAACAUUUUGCCUAGACUGUAUCUACUUUGCACAGUGGGAUCUGUGUACAUCAAAUCCAAGGAGGCUCCUGCCAAGGAUAUCCUUAAAGAUCUGGUUGAAAUGUGCCGUGGUAUACAGCAUCCUUUACGUGGACUCUUUCUGAGGAGUUACCUUUCCCAAGUCAGCAAGGAUAAAUUACCUGAUAUAGGUUCUGAGUAUGAAGGUGAUGCUGACACCGUUGUGGAUGCUGUAGAGUUUGUUCUCCAAAAUUUCACGGAAAUGAACAAACUCUGGGUUAGAAUGCAACAUCAGGGACCUGCUCGGGAAAAGGAGAAACGUGAAAAAGAAAGGAGCGAGCUUCGUGAUCUUGUCGGGAAGAACCUGCAUGUUCUCAGUCAAAUUGAGGGUAUCGACCUUGAGAUGUACAAAGAGACGGUGCUUCCAAGAAUUUUAGAGCAGGUUGUCAACUGUAAAGAUGAGAUUGCUCAGGGCUAUUUGAUGGAUUGCAUAAUUCAAGUCUUUCCUGAUGAAUACCACCUACAGACUCUUGAAACGUUAUUGGGUGCUUGUCCCCAGCUUCAGCCGUCCGUUGAUAUCAAAAUGGUGCUUGCUCGGCUAAUGGAAAGGCUCUCGAACUAUGCUGCUUUAAGUACUGAUGUGCUACCUGAAUUUUUCCAAGUGGAAGCUUUUGCAAAACUAAAUAGUGCUAUCGGGAAGGUGAUAGAAGCCCAAGAAGACAUGCCUAUAGCUGGAGUUGUGACUUUAUAUUCAUCCCUUUUAACUUUUACUCUUUAUGUCCACCCGGAUCGCCUUGAUUAUGUGGAUCAGAUUUUGGGUGCAUGCGUUAAGAAACUUUCUGGUAAAGGAAAGCUCAAAGACAGUAAAGCAACAAAACAGAUUGUGGCCCUUCUAAGUGCUCCACUGGAGAAAUAUAAGGAUAUUGAUACCGCAUUAAAGCUUUCAAAUUUUCCUCAUGUUAUGGAGCACCUUGAUGGUGCAACUAGCAAAGAGAUGGCUAAUGUUUUAAUUCAGACUAUUCUGAAAAGUAAAACUUGCAUCUCAACAGCUGAAAAGGUAGAUGCUCUUUUUGAAUUAAUGAAAGGACUUCUCAGAGAUUUGGAUGAGAAUCUUCCUGAUGAGCUUGACGAAGAAGAUUUCAAGGAGGAGCAGAAUUCUGUUUCACGGCUUAUUCAAAUGCUUCACAAUGAUGACCCUGAAGAGAUGCUGAAGAUAAUUUGCACUGUGAAUAAGCAUAUUGUGACAGGAGGACCAAAGAGGCUUCCCUUUACAGUCCCUGCCCUCAUUUUUAAUUCUCUUAAGUUGGUAAGGCGACUGCAAAACCAAGAUGAAAAUGCUCCAGAGGAAGAGGCGUCUACUAUACCUAAGAAAAUUUUUCAGAUUUUAAAUCAGAUAAUUGAGGCUCUCUCAAGUGUUCCAGUACCUGAACUAGCUCUAAGGUUGUACCUGGAGUGUGCUGAGGCUGCCAAUGACUCUGACCUAGAGCCUGUUGCCUACGAAUUCUUCACCCAAGCGUAUAUACUAUACGAAGAAGAAAUUUCGGACUCCAAAGCACAGGUGACUGCAAUACAAUUAAUAAUAGGGACUCUACAGAGAAUGCACAUCUUUGGUGUUGAGAACAGGGACACGUUAACGCACAAGGCUACAGGGUACUCGGCUAAACUCCUGAAGAAGCCUGAUCAGUGCAAAGCUGUCUACUCUUGUGCACAUCUUUUCUGGGUUGAUGACCAGGACAGCAUCAAGGAUGGAGAGAGGGUUUUGCUUUGCUUAAAACGGGCCUUAAGGAUUGCAAAUGCUGCUCAACAAAUGUCGAAUGCAACCCGAGGCAGCAGUGGAUCGGUUUUGCUCUUUAUAGAAAUUCUAAACAAGUACUUGUAUUUCUAUGAGAAGGGGGUCACACAGAUCACCGUUGCAUCUAUCCAGAGCCUAAUUGAGCUAAUAACAACUGAAAUGCAAAGUGAAAAUAAAACAGCCGAUCCUGCUGCAGAAGCUUUACUCGCAAGCACAUUGCGCUAUAUCCAGUUCCAGAAGGAUAAAGGUGGUGCAGUUGGUGAGAAGUACGAAUCCAUCAAGUCUUGACGAAAAAAAAGACAUUUUCUUGCAAGGAGUUGGCAUUCUUGAUCUUACAUAAGCAGAUGAUUUUUUUUCCCAAUACAGGUUAUUUUUAGUUUUAUUAUUUGCCUGUUAGUCGACGUUCUGCAUUUUUCAGCAGGCUGGCGGAAGAAGCUGCAAAUAUCUUGUAUAUUCUAACCACUCUGUGAUGGAUUACAGUUUAGAUUUUGAUUGUUGUAACAAUUUUCUCUCGUAAAAAUCUGUCUGUAAAUUUGAGGCUAUAUGAUGCAGAUCAAACUUGUGAUUAUGAAUAAUUUGCUGGAUAAGUUUGUUUUGAAUGUGCAUAAUCACAUUCCUUAGCUCAA